CCCGGCGCUACCUGCCAACCCUAAUUUAACCCCGAGUCUCGUACUGCUGACCCCCCGCAUUGAUUUCCGGCAACCGUACAUGCACGCACGCAUGCGUGCUUCGUCCUCGUCCGCUUCCCGCCGCGAACCCCGCGCGCCCGCCUUUUGUCGUUGCCUCCCCACUUCCCCAGGGCCCAGGCUCCCACCACCGCCACCACUACUGCCCACCCACUCGCCGUCGCCACCUACGCGUUAUAUAACCAACACCUCCCCGUAUCCUCCUCCCCUUCCCCUAGACACCCUCUCACCUCCUUCCUCGAUCGAGUGCCCAUCUCGAUUCCUUGGAGAAAUGCUUCAAGGCACAACCAUGGCCGUGCAUCAAGCGCGCUUCGGCGGCGGCCUCGCGGGGUGCCUUCCGCUUCCGCCCUGCGCCGGCGGCGGCAUCCUGGUCGAUGAGCAGACGUGGGCGCUCAAGGACUACGGGGCGCUCCUGUCGGCCGCGGCCAACGACGGUGGGUACCGGUACGACCGCGCCGCCCAGAGCGACCUGACGUGCAACGGCGGCGGCGGCGGCGGUGCGGUGGCCGUGCCGUCGCGGAAGCGUGGCAUUGAGGACGAGCUCGAGCGUUACUACGCGGCGGCCUCGUCGGCGGCGCUCCUGCCGAUCCCGGGGAUGCACGAGCCGAUCGCCGUCGCGCCGCAGUCGGCGGCGACGUUGGGCGCGGUGGCUGCGAGCCGGAUGGCGGAGUCGGCGACGGCGUCCACCAGCGGCCGGCCAGCCAUCCCGAUCGCGGCGUCGGUGGAGGACGCGCUGGUCGCAGAGUUGUGCCAGCAGGGCGCGGAGAUCGACGCGAUCGUGCGAGCCGAGUGCGACCGCCUCCGCGCCGGGCUGGAGCAGGCGCGCAAACGGCGGUGCGUGGAGCUGGUGCGCGCCGCCGCGGCAGGCGCGGCUCGCGUCCUGCGCGACAGGGAGGUGGAGCUGGCCGCCGCGCGCCGGCGCGCGGCGGAGCUGGAGGAGCGGCUGCGGCAGGCGUUCGCCGAGAGCCAGGCGUGGCGCGACGUGGCGCGCGGCAACGAGGCCGUCGCGGCGGGGCUCCGCGCCACGCUCGAGACCGUCCUCCUCGGCGGCGCCGGCGCCGGCGCCCUGGCGCCCACCACCAAGGAGGUGGAGGAGGAGGGCUUCGGCGACUCCGCCGACCCCGUCGAGGCGGCGGACGACGCGCGGUCGUGCUGCUUCGUCGAGGCCGAGGACGGCGCCGCCGCCGCCGCCCCGGCGAGCAGGUGGGCGUGCAGGGCGUGCGGCGGCGGCGAGGCGUCGGUGCUGCUGCUGCCGUGCCGGCACCUGUGCCUCUGCAAGGCGUGCGAGCCCCGGGCCGACGCCUGCCCCGUCUGCCUCGCCGCCAAGAGCGGCGCCAUCCACGUCGCUUGACGGCUGAUGACCACACGCCCGGCGCGCCGUGGCGGCAGUUGGCUCCGUAGGCCUCGUGCUCGUCAGCUAACUCUCCAGACGUGUAAUGUAAUCAGUAGGCAGUUAGAUUAGAUAAGUUUGAUCGAUCCCGUUCCUCUGUUUCUUUCCGGGAGACUGACUGAAACGCCCGGCGGAGGAUUUAAUCUGUUCAUCGUUUCCUCUUCUCUUCGGGUGAGGGAUGAAGAAUGAGAAAUUAAAUUAAACAUGAUUCCUCAUGUUUCUGCCCUGUUUU